UUCUAUCCCUGUCCUCUUUGCAAUGGCUCUAACCCAUUCCUCCUCCGCCACCUUAUUCCUCCUCUUGUCAUUGUCAGUCAUUGCCUCUGCUGGCGGUUACGGCUAUGACCAAAAGCCAGAUACAGCCAAGCCAAAUUAUACUUACAACUCAAAAUCAAAGCCAGGCACUUCCAAACCCAAGUAUAGUUAUGACCCAAAACCACAGCCAGACGUUGUCAAACCAGACCUCCACAAACCAUAUUACGACUCCAAUCCGAAGCCAACCCUCCCCAAACCAAAGUUCACAGAACCAAAACCAGACAACGGGUAUGACUCAAAACCAUACCUUGGCCAGCCAGCCAUUCCCAAACAAGACACUGCCAAGCCAAAUUAUGGUUACAACCCAAAACCAGAAGUUCCCAAACCGAAAUUGACAAUGCCAAAACCCAACUAUGGUAAUGACCCGAAACCAAAGUUGAUCGUACCCAAACCAGACACUGCCAAGCCAAAUUAUGGUUACAACCCAAAACCAGAAGUUCCCAAACCGAAAUUGACAAUGCCAAAACCCAACUAUGGUAAUGACCCGAAACCAAAGUUGAUCGUACCCAAACCAGACACUGCCAAGCCAAAUUAUGGUUACAACCCAAAACCAGAUGUUCCCAAACCAAAUGAUGAAUAUGUUCCAAAACCAAAGAUGACUGUACCGAAACCCGAUCAUGGUUAUGUCGACCCAAAAGAAAAGGUUUAUGAACAACCAAAGUCAACUACACCAAAGCCAGAGAUUAUCACGCCACAUGAUGGGUAUGCCCAGAAACCAAAUCUCCCGGAACCAAAGUUAUACAUACCAAAACCAGGUAAUGACAAACUGGACUAUGAGUAUAGCCCAAUCGGCAUAGAAGGUUUUGUCCUCUGCAAACAAGGCUCUAACUAUACCCCUAUUGAAGGAGCUGUGAUAAGAAUAGCCUGUACCGCUGUGGACCAGUAUGGUUACAAGAAAGUCCCUUUCUCCUGCUUGACAGAAGCAACUAAUGCAAAGGGUUACUACUUCAAAACAUUGCCAGCUUUAAAGCUCACAGAAUGCAAGGCUUACCUUGAAAGCUCUCCAUUGAAAACCUGCAACGUUCCAACAGAUAUGAACUAUGGGAUUACCGGUGCUCCCCUUUCAGCUUAUCACAUUCUCCAUGACAAGAAAAUAAAACUGUACUCCAUGAGGACUUUCUUCUACACCUCGACGGCACCUACAUCAACCCCUGCUGGUUAUUAAAUUGUCUUCUCUCCAUGACUACAAUUCAUCUAUUUUUUACGUUAAUGUUUAAAGCUGUUGUAACGGCUUGAUUUCCUUCAUGUUGUAACUUGUAUGGGCUUUUGUCUUGAUGAUCAGUUUCAUUAUCGGGAGAGUUUUGUGAUAAACAUUCUUCAGUUAAGAUAUUUCUUUCUUUUCUCUUUGAGAGAUUAAUGAUGUAUCAGUAUCACCAAAUAUUAAUUAAUGAACCACAAGGUCAUUGAUUUUUUUUUUUAAAAAAAAUAAGUUAAAGACUCGUCUUUUUUGCA